UGACCUACAAUGUGAAGACCGUUCAUUGGCCUCGCUGUAUGGAUAUGAUCCAUUUGCUUCACUGUAGCAGACGUUAAAACCAAACAAAGGUUCCGUGAAAAUGCUUGGAAUAAAACAAAUUGGAGGAAAGCCAUAUCUUACCCUUUCUUGUAUGGUCAAGUCGUACGCUGCCUUAAUUGCUCCUAUUUUUGACCUCAUAGACAGCCCGGAGAUCAUCAUAUCCCCAGAACCGGAUCUUUUCUUGACACCUUUUGCAUCAUUAAAGGAUGACAAUGGAAAGUACCUUUCUGAAACUUUGAGGGUCCGCCUCAUCCCAUCACUAACGACACUGAAGCUCAUUCAUGACUCGCCAGCCAGCUAUCACUCUCAAAGUGGAGCUUUGAUCGUCGGAGAUCCAGCUGUUGGCCCAAUAGAGAUCAAUGGAUGUGUUAAGACUCUGGAUCCAUUGCGUAAAGCCAGAGAGGAAGCUCAGAUGGUGUCAAGGUUGGUGGGAGUGCCUUGUUUGAUAGGAGAGGAGGCAACAAAGGAGGAUGUCUUGAGAAGAAUCCAAGAAGUCAGCUUAGUGCAUAUUGCUGCCCAUGGUGAUGAAGACACCGGGGAAAUAGCUCUUUCUCCCAACAGGUCUGUCGUUGGAGUUCCCAAAAAAGAAGACGUCAUAUUGACAAUGAACGAAAUAGCUCAAGUUGGUAUCAGAGCCAAGCUGGUGGUACUCAGCUGUUGUCAUAGUGCUCCCGGGAAGAUUUCUAAGGCCGAAGGAGUUGUUGGGAUUGCUCGCGCUUUUCUUGGAUCUGGUGCCCGUUCAGUUCUGGUGUCACUGUGGGCUGUCGAUGAUGGAGCUACUAAGACGUUUAUGAACAUAUUCUACAAAUUCUUGAUCCGUGAGAAACUCAGUGCAAGUGAAUCUCUUCACCAGACCAUGCAAAAGAUGAGAGAGUCAGAGUUGUACGGUGAUAGGGAGCACUGGGCUCCAUUUGUGUUACUUGGAGACGAUGUAACUGUCACCUUUUAAGGAGUGACCACACAAGACGAGAAACAUGAACACGAGCGUUUCUAAACUGAGCUGUUACCUGUUUACCCUUACAAGGUGUAGUGAGGCCAUAUGAAACUGGUGCGUUUCUUAGGAAGAGAUUUUCAAGGAACAUAUUAGGCCAUGUACACAUAACUUUUUGCUAUUAUAUAGGUACCGUGUGGGUACGUUGAUAAGUAUCUUUCAGCUUUUGUUAUUUUUUUAUUGAUGACUAGAAAUCUGCUUCCUACUAGACUUAUGACGAUUCCAAAGAGUUUCAGUUUUCAUUUAUGGCUCGAGUGAAAAAGCGAUAUUGAUGUAAACAGGCUGAUGAUUAGAUAAGUACGUAAAAAAGUAUACUUAGGGUGGUUUAUAAUAAUUGCAGCUCAUUGGCUCUUUAGAGGGCCCUGGGCCUCUUUUACGAAUUUUCAUUUUAACUUUGUGGAAUUAGACUACUACGAUCACAUUUGUGGUCUUUGUUUAGUCUCACCAGGAAAACCUGAAAGAGAAGGAUACGGUGAGGUUAUUUAACAAGUUGUGCUAGAUUACAAGAGGUUGAACGCCAAAACUCCUUACAGCAAUUCUCCCUUUCAGGUGCUAUAGAUUUCCUUGUUAAUUAGAUCAGGGAGUUUAAUUAUGAAAUAGAACACAUUUUUCCGGGCUCUAUAACAUGAUAAAUCCACGCUCAUCAUGUUAUAGAGCCUGGAAAAAUGUGUUCUAUUGCUUUUAUGACAUAACUAGUUGUCACCGAUCAAAUGCAAGCUCUAUAACCUGAGAAAGCAUCCGCUUGUAAACAGAUUUGACCAAUCAAACGAUGUGUACUAAGUACAUUUAUGUUUUAAUGUGAUAUCGAGAUAACACCCUUCAGCUGAUAGUUUCUCAUAAUCUAUUCCUAUCACUAGGAAGUCAAGUGACUGCUAGUUGAAGUAAAAAGGUCACAAGACUUUCAAUUGUUAAAGAUUACUACACCUGGCAUCUUUGCGAGUUUAUCUUGGUCUUUCACAAAUUUCAACUUAGACAUGGCCGUCUCACUAAAAGGUAGUAAAAUAAAAGAGCAAAUAAAAAGUCAA